GAAGGAAGGUUGUUCACAAGACAACUGGUUAGAAGUGUAUAGCUGUGUUGAAAGGCACAACACUCAAAUUACCAUCAUACCAAAAUACUUUUUAUGAAGGCUUUUUAUUUUCUGCAACGACUGGCAACCAAUAUAAAACACAGUGAAGAAGAUGGUGGCCAUGACAUUCUUAUUCCUCUGCUUCUGGGCUGCAGGUGUCCACGGUGACCUCCGCCAGAUCCAGGUUACUCUGGAGGCAGACAGGCCCUCUCUGAGGGUGCAGCUCUCUCACACCGCCUCCCUGCAAUGCUGCUACUCAGCCACAGGGGGCUCCGUGCAGACCACCUGGGUCACCCGCCUCCACAUAGUCAACAGCACGGCCGGCCCGCAGCGAGUGGACCGGAGAGACAACCGUGUGACGGUGGAUGGGGGGAAGUUGAUGGCGGCGGGGGUCAAGUGUCACACAAUCACCCUGAGGGAAGUCCGUCUGAACGACUCAGGGUUGUACCAGUGUUUCCUCAACCACAGCGCCCUGUGGACCUCUGUGUACACCCACGGCACCUUCCUGCAGGUCUACAGGCCGAUGGUGAAGAUUCUGGACAUCCGUGAAAGCACCAAGAACAGCAUCCUGACGGCUGAGGGAGUGUUACUGAUGGUGGUGGUGCUUCUGCAUGGUACCAUGAUGCUCCGUAAGGUCAGAGAGACGAAGAAACUAAAUCAACUGAAGAAGAAAAGGGUCAAAGAGGAAGAGGAGAAUAUCUAUGAGGGUCUAAAUCUGGAGGAAUGCAGUUCCACAUAUGAUCAGAUCCAGCGCUCUCUGGUGCAGGGCCCCUACCAAGACGUGGGAAACAUGCUCAUAGAGGAGGAGGAGGAGGAGGAGGAGGAAAUCCAACUGGAGAAGCCUUGAAUGAGAGGGGGCAGGAAGGAGGGGGAGGAAGAGAGAGGGUGGGAGAAGAGUCAUUUGUGAGAACAGAAUUGGGGUGAGGGUUUUGAUAGGAAUUUUCUUCAAAAGUGCUCCCCCCCAUGUUUGAAUUUAUAGAGGUGACUGACCUGCGUUUUCCUUGCAGCCUUUGGCUAUAUUUGAAUCGAAUUUCUUAGUGGGCCAAAAAGGCAGUAACCUACAAUAUCAGGGGGAAUUUUGCUUUCAAUUUAGCCUUUCAUUACCAUUGCCAAUACCUAAACAUUUUAUAUAAAUAAGAGAAUUUUUUCUGCAUAUUUGCAUUUUCUACGCUUUUGUGUAUGCAUUGGCCAAAUGUUUUUUUCUCUCCAAUCUCCAUAAUUCAAGGCCUGAAUUGUGCUUUGUAAAUAAAAGUAUAAAACUGA